UUUUGAAAAGCAAUGUUUCCAUGCAUGGGGUAUAAUGUAUUAUGUUCAAUGAACACAGUAAUCUCGGUAAUAUAUCGGAAUUUCCCCUCUUCCUUUUUUUAAUAAUUAUCCUAUUGUUGAAUAAUGUCGGUAGGUCUUUUUGCAGUUCUCUCAAUUGAUGUGAAUCGAAUAUUACGAUCAUGCGAAUGAAUACCUUUAUUCAGGAGGAUUACAGGUUCUGUGGUGAUCAGCUAUUGCUGAAUGGUUUAAUGGUAUGAUAUUAUUCACCCCAUGCCAAGCUGACGCGAAACCAGGAGGGGUAAAUCGUUUUGUCUGCAAAGAAUGGAUUGUCUUGAUCACUGCCAGAUAAUAAUUUCUAAUAAUAAAAUAGUCAUUCAUAGAUUUCUGAACAAUCGAUCUCUCAGUACACGUCUGUGGGAGGUGUCUGGACAGGUAAUAACAUUUGGAUGCAUCGUAUAGUGAUGAUCGUUCAUAUUUAUCCAGGGCCUAAUUAUUUAAACCAUAUGAUUGUUUACACACAGGGAGAAUUGUUUACAUGUAUUGUUGACAUUCAAUCUUUUUUUUAAACAUAAUUAUUAUCAAUGCAGAGGCGUUGACCUAGGGCCAUCAGGGUAGUUACCCCCUCUAAAAGAAUACCAGAUUGGCUGUUAAUAUCUUUCAUCAUACAAUACAUGCUUUGGUGAUGCCCCUCCCCAUUGUAAUAGUGGAUCGACCUAAGUGCUUCAUCGUCAUGUCGUGAAGUUUUCAUUUCACAUGCAUCAACCAUCUCUUUGCAUCAACUGUCAUCAUCAUUCAAAAUCAAAACCGUGACCCACAAAUCUGUACCCGGUACCCACGGCACGCGCGCCCUUACUUUGAUCUGGUUGACUUUACAUUUUCAUGCAGCAGUGGGAUAAUUGAGCAGUCUCAUUCUGCAUUGGUAUAUAGAGGGUCUACUAUCUCCAAUUAGAGUAACCAGAUACAGCAGCGUUUACACCGAGCUGUCAUUUGAUUACCCCAAUGUGAUCAUUUCUGGAUAAUGUGGUGCUUAUCGCCGAUAGUAGAUUAAUCAGUAUCAGUAUGACAUAUGACCUUUGUCCGAUAAUUAACAUAACUGGAAAAUAGAUAUACUGUUUUGCUGAUUGGAUGCAGUAAUCGAUCUCAUUGACAAUCUGUAGUGGUUUGGACUUUGUCUGUCUCGAGCUCCCGAUGCACAUUAUUCAAGCAAGCAUUGUCCGAAUGUAUAGCCGCAAUGGCUGAAAACGAGUUAUUGGCUUCAUCACAGAACCUGUCGUGUCCUUUGUGCUUGGAAGUGUUCAAGGAUGCAACUCUUCUAAUUUGUGGACACACCUUCUGUCGCAAAUGUCUUCAGAACUAUGACGAGACCCACAGCGAACUUCCUGACAUGGUUUGUCCCCUCUGCAGAUUGCCGACUAAACUGGAGGAGGAUCGUGUGUCUGGGCUCCCCGCUAAUGUUACUGUCAAUGGACUGGUGGAGGAAUGUCGUAUCCCUAAUGAGGGUCAUGGAUCUCUUGAAGAUGUUUUCAAGUGCACAGCCUGUGAAUUUGGAAAGGAUGCAGUUUCCUUUUGCAUCUCUUGCAGUCAUUACAUGUGCGAGGACUGUCAUGGCGGUCACUGCAAGUUAAUAACAUCAUUUUUCAAGGGUCACCAGGUAGUUUCUUUGGAUGAUGUGAAGGAGAAGAAUAUCAGCAUUGAUGACUUGUCCUACAAAUGCUCCGUGCACAAGCGAGAUGACAAAGAUUUAUUUUGCGAGGACUGUAAGAUGUUUAUCUGCUAUAAGUGUACGAUCGUAGGUCAUCGUGGCCACAUCAUCAAGAACCAACCCGACGUUGAGAAUGAGCUGAAGGGUACAGUAGACCGUCUUAUCACACGCUGUGAUUCUAACAUAGCAUCACUGAAGCUAAAUAUUGAAGUCAUUGAAACCAAGAAGGAAGGAGUUCUUGAUGCUGCCCAGAAGCUACGGGCUGAUGUCAUGGAGGCAGUUCAUGGGAAGGUUAACCAGCUACAAGAGGAUGAGCGUAUGCUUCUUGGACAAAUUGAUGCAUUGCAGGAGCGGUGUGACGGCGACCUAGAUGCCUUAAGGGAGUAUGACCUACAGAGGCUCAACUGCAUCUCCCGGUCAAUGACCAUGAUGCAGGACAGCAUCAAGACGCACCAUCUUGAGAUGGAUAAAUUAGCGGCACACUCCAGUAUAUGCGAGGAACUGGACAAUCUUCUGCUCGAGCCCCUUGACGACACGUCUGCAACGGAUAUAGUGGAGAGCGUGCAAGAAGUGAGAUUUCUUCCUACCGAUGAUAUGCAUCAAGAAAUCGGGCAGUUCUCAAAUCCGUCUUGCAGAGUCCUCAGUAAAUUCGAGCUACCCAAACAGAUACAAGGAAUGGUCAAGAAAACCAUCAACAGCGUUGUUAUUGCCCAAUACGGUGGACAGAGUGUCAUCAGCAUUGAUUCCAAUGGCGAGAAGCAGGACAUGCAGAAGUUACCGUCUAUGUUCUAUUACGACAUUGCCUUUCAAAGCAGGUCCAAGAUGGUGGUAUCUUCUAAUUCCUACUAUGAAAUCCAUGUGCAUGCCAAGGAUGGAUCUCGCUUAGCAACGAUGGAGAUACCACGGGGUGGCGACUAUCCCAGGGUGAGCAUAGGUCCCUCAGAUGAGAUCCUGGUCGCUAAUAAGUCAAACCAGGUCUUCAUCUAUGAGUCAAGUGGUCAAACCCUGACGCACACCGUACCGACUGCCAGCGCACCGAAGCAAGCUUUUGCUACCAUGUCAGGUGCCAUCGUCACGAGUUCUUGUGAUGCCAACCCUAGUGUGGUACAGGUCUACGACAGGGAUGGUAGGGCAGGAGAAGCCAUUCGAGCUAGCCAAGGCGAAUACCUCUACCCUGCUGUGGAUAGUAAGGACAGAGUCUUCAUUGCAAGAGUCAAGAAGGGCAGAGUUCAGAUCGCACUCUACGAACUGGAAGGCCUUGAUCUAAGGAAGAAAGCACAGUUUGAAGAACAGAAAGUAGCCACUGGUAGCAACGCAUGUUAUUUGGUUUGCCUGUCUCGUAGCAUGCUUGCAUUAGCCAGUGGAUGUUGGCUUUACUUUGUCAAGGUUCCCUACAUCUAAACUGCAAAUCACUUUUGUAUUGUACUGGUUGGUUAGGAGACUUAAUAUAAGGCAGAUGGGGCUUGAGGGGUAUGGUGAUGUAACACCCAUGUCGGCAAAUUUCAAAACCAGAGAGCCCCAAUAGCACCCCACCUGUUUUGAUUAGAAAAGUAUUGGCCGACUUAUCUGCAAAUUCGAUCUAUUUGACACCAGUUAACAGGGUUAAUGGCAUCACCCCAGUCUUGUUCUAGCAUUUCCCCGUCUAUUUCGUAUUUCGGUAUGUGAUACAUGUAUCAGCUAAAAUAAUAUUAUUUCAAUACAGUACGAUCAAAAUAUAGUAUUUCUGUUUAUUUUAUAGAGCUAAUUGCCUGUUAGAGCUUGAAUCAGAGGAAAACUACUCGUUUGGUGUAAAUUAUUGUUCAGUUUCUAUGAUUCUUGGUAAUGGACGGGACACUGGCGAAAGGAAGUUCCUUUGACUUUGCCAUGUAUAGUUAAUUAUGUAGUUAACUUUUUAAGAAUCGUUUAAGCAGAUUUUUCCUCAUGCAUGUGAAUAUUAUACACAAGUGACGCUUGGAGUUGUAAAUGCCUUGUUUAGUUAAUGUAUGAUUCGAUUUACAUCCGAUUUGAUAACAUUUGCCCCCAAAACAUGCAAUCUGUGUGUAGAAUAUUCAAUUAUUGUUGAAGACGAUGAAUAUGCAAUUUUGUUAAUGCAGUCAAGUGGUGUAGCUAGUACAUGUAAAUCAAAAUAUGACAUUGCGUUUUGAGUACCUUGAUUUUUAUAAUGUCUCGUAAAACUUUCUGUGUGAUCCCUAUAAAACCAUGGUAACCAUGUUUUUUUUGUCCAAAUUAACAUCCACCGUGGUAACCAUCGUAUCAAACAUUGAUUUGUCAUUGAAUUUCAUUGUUUGAUACCAUGGUUACCAUGGUGAAUGGUAAUUUGGACAAAAAAACCAUGGUUACCAUUGUUCUUUUUUAUAAGGGAUAAAUAUUGUUCUGAAACAAAAUUCUUGUUAUAAUGUCUAACCAUAAUUAUAUGGGUGAGCGCAGUCUCGUGUAUUAUAGUAUUCAGAACAGGCAAGAAACUACAUGUACAUGACUAGCAGGUAAUUUUAUAUGGUACGUGAAGAUUA